AUGGCCUCUGUGAUGGAAGAGAGUCGCCUGGAGGAGGAGCUCACUUGCCCGGCAUGCCAGGAGCUCCUGCGGGACCCCCACCUGCUACCUUGUGGGCACAGCUUGUGUCUGGCCUGCAUUCAGGAGGCACGAAGCCAGAGCGUGGGCGGACGCUUCCGUUGCCCUCGGUGCCGAGAGGAGCACGGGGUACCCGUACCCUGUGAUGCCUGCCCAGAUGAGGCACCACCCGCUGUGCCCCCUGCCGCCACCAAAACCUGCCUGCGCUGCGAAGUGUCCCUGUGUGCCCACCAUGUACAGCCCCAUCUGGAGCGGCCUGCCUUCCGCAAUCAUCCCCUAGUGGAGCCCCUGGAUGACCUGGGCAAGAGAAGGUGCCCUGAGCAUGAGGAGAUGUUCCGCUACUACUGCCAGGAUGAGCGGGUCUACAUCUGUGGUGACUGCAUCCUGGAGGGCAAACAUGGGGGGCACCAGGUGAAGACCCUGAAGAAGAUGGAAAAGGACCUCAAGGUGGUUCUACAGGGACGUCUACAGAAAGCGGAGGCAAAACUAAAAGAAAACGAGAAAAUCCUGAAGGAACACAACAGCGUUGAUCGUAAGCUCACGGACUCCUCCUGGGCUGACACCCAGGUGGAGCGUCUUGGGGCCAGCCUUGGGGCCCAGGUGGAGCGGCUGAUGGGAUCCCUGAGGGACAGCGCUCAUCAGGAAAGGCAGCAGGUCCUGGCGCGUCUGCAGGAGGACCACAGUAGAGUGAUGAGGGACCUCCAGCAAACCCGGGGCAUCCAGCAAUACCUAGGGGCUCUCCUGGAGGAGAAGGACCCUUUUCUCCUCAUCUGGGCAUAUCAAUCUGAGGAUAAAAAGAUCAGCUCAGAGCUGAACACACCACUCUUCAGCCCUCAGCCCAUCUGCCUGGACAAGAAGCGGACACUGGAGAACAUAGAGAACAAGUACCGCCAUUUCAUCUCGGAGACACUCAGGUGUCUGGAGGAGCUAAAGAAAGACUUCUUUCAGAAUCAGCUGACCUUGGACACGAACACGGCCCACCCUCUCCUCAGCAUCUCCGACGACCUGCACUCCGCAGCUCGCGUGAAGGAACGCCUGCCGUACCCACCCCACCCCAGUCGGUUCGACCACUGGUGCCAAGUCCUAACCAUCCAGAGCUUCGCCUCCGGGUCUCACUACUGGGAAGUGGAGGCUGAGGGAUACUGGGACAUUGCCGUUUCCUACCGUAGCAUCGGACGAAAGGGGAGGGACGGCGCAGCCUUUGGGAACAACGGGAAGUCCUGGAGCCUGACGCAGCAAGAAGACGGGACGCUAUCAGCAUGGCAUGACAAGCGCAGGACACCCCUAAGCGCCAGGCUCACCGGUAACCGUGUGGGUGUGUCUCUGGACUGCUGCACCGGCACUAUCGCCUUCUGUGAAGUGGGAGACGCACCCAGUCACCUGUACACCUUCAAUAGUAACUUCACACAGCCUCUGCAUCUCGGAUUCGGACUUUACAAGGCAGGGCUCAACAGCAGGAUCUCCAUUGUGAAGAUGUGACCAGUGACCGACGUGCCGAUAUUAAAAAAUUAUAUACAUACUAUACGCAGACAGGAAAACACGAGCGAAAAUGCAUGCAAUUAUAAUACAACGCUGGCAAAGCGCAGUGCUUCAUUAUGAAUGUUGCUAUUGUGCCUCUGUCUACAGAAAGAAUAGAAAAUAACACCCAGAAAGUCCACAGUCCUGCUGCAAUUGCAUUCAGCUGACUAACUGCACUCACAAUUGGUCCCUAAACACCUUUGUGUGAAAGUCAUGAAUCAUCACUGACUUCAUAUUUGUAGACUGAUAUUUACACAGAAUGACAACGAAAGAGAAGAGUCUUCCAGUCUUCCGGCAAGGACACCAAAGCAAGGUGAAAAGCAAAAGAAACC